CAGAAUGACUUCCAUUUUGACUUGCACUUUUAAAAAUCUUCCAAGUACAUCAAAAUGGGCCCUCAGAUUUUCUGUAAGACCUCUGAGCUGUUCUUCCCAGCUAUGGGCUGCCCCAGCUCCUCAGACCAAGACAAAGAAGACCUUAACCAAGCCCAACAUAAGGAAUAUUGUGGUGGUCGAUGGCGUUCGCAUUCCAUUUCUGCUGUCAGGCACUGCAUACAAGGACUUGAUGCCCCAUGAUUUGGCUAGAGCAGCAUUAACGGGUCUGUUGCAUCGGACCAAUGUCCCGAAGGAAACUGUUGAUUAUCUCAUCUUUGGAACUGUUAUUCAGGAAGUGAAAACAAGCAAUAUUGCAAGAGAGGCCGCCCUGGGAGCUGGCUUCUCUGACAAGACUCCUGCUCACACUGUCACAAUGGCUUGCAUCUCUGCCAAUCAAGCCAUGACCACAGCUGUUGGCCUGAUUGCUUCUGGCCAGUGUGACGUGGUCGUGGCAGGUGGGGUGGAGCUAAUGUCUGAUGUCCCAAUUCGUCAUUCAAGGAAAAUGAGGAAAAUGAUGCUUGAUCUCAAUAAGGCCAAGACAUUGGGCCAACGACUGUCACUGAUCUCUAAAUUCAGGUUGAAUUUCCUGGCACCUGAGCUCCCCGCAGUGGCUGAAUUUUCCACAAGUGAGACCAUGGGCCACUCAGCAGACCGGCUGGCCGCGGCCUUUUCUGUUUCUCGCCUGGACCAAGAUGAAUAUGCACUGCGGUCUCACACCCUGGCCAAGAAGGCACAGGAUGAAGGCCUCCUUACUGACAUUGUCCCCUUCAAGGUGCCAGGAAGAGACACAGUUACUCAGGAUAACGGCAUCCGUCCUUCUUCACUGGAGCAGAUGGCUAAGCUGAAACCCGCUUUCAUCAAGCCUUACGGCACAGUGACAGCUGCAAAUUCUUCUUUCCUGACUGACGGUGCGUCGGCCAUGCUGAUUAUGGCAGAGGAAAAGGCUCUGGCCAUGGGCUAUAAACCAAAGGCAUAUCUGAGGGAUUUUGUCUAUGUGUCUCAGGAUCCAAAAGACCAACUCUUACUCGGACCAACAUAUGCAACUCCAAAAGUUCUAGAAAAGGCAGGAUUAACAAUGAAUGAUAUUGAUGCUUUUGAAUUUCAUGAAGCUUUCUCAGGCCAGAUUUUGGCUAAUUUUAAGGCGAUGGAUUCUGACUGGUUUGCACAAAACUACAUGGGUAGGAAAACCAAGGUUGGAUCACCUCCUCUGGAGAAGUUUAACAUGUGGGGUGGAUCACUGUCCCUGGGACACCCUUUUGGAGCCACUGGCUGCCGUUUGGUCAUGGCAGCUGCCAACAGAUUACGUCGGGAUGGAGGCCAGUUCGGCUUGGUGGCCGCCUGUGCGGCUGGAGGACAGGGCCACGCUAUGAUAGUUGAAGCUUAUCCAAAAUAAAUAGAUCAAGAAGAGGUGACUGAAGUUUCAGUGAUGCACUCACACUAGGCAAUGCCAUUUCAAUGCAUUAAUAAAUGACAUCUAUUAUUCCUCGCUCCUCUUUGGAAAGCAAAAUCUGUGGCCUUCUGUUAAAUCCUUUCCAGUUAA